AUGGCGUCACCAACCAAGUUGUCGUUCAAUUCGCCGCGCUCUCCACGAGCCUCGCCCUUCCGUCGUCCCGACUCGGAUGGUCUUUUACGUUCGCCUUCGACCGUCCGUGAUCGAUCAGAGUCGCCCACUAAACCUCUUUCUCCAUCUCUAUCGCCAGAAAAAUCUAAUCCAUUUGUACGGCGGCCCUCGCAGCUGACGACUGGCGAUCGUCCAAGGAGUCCUUUUGCCCGUCCGACCAGCCGCCUCAGUAUCGCCGAAUCCUCGUCAAGACCAACUUCGUCUGGUUCUCUGAGACCCACGUCAUCCGGGUCUCUUGCCCCGCCCAUUGCCUUCUCUCGCCAUGCUUCUCAAACGUCGGUAGACUUGGAGCAGUCUGCUCCACCAUCCCCUUCGCCCACUGCACGAUUCGCAGAGUCGCCUAUGCCAGGAGACGGAGCAGUACCUACAUCUCCUCGUGUCCCUCCUUCGCCGUCCCCAUUAGCCAUACCAAGUUCUCCUGCUGUUGCACCAUCAUCACCUAUGGGACCCCGGUCACCGGCUUUGUCGCCAGUCACGACUCGUCCAAUGCGACCGACUGCCCAGAGAACUGUCACAUCAUCUACUCAGGCUACCAUCCGAGCACCUGUAUUCGGCAGACCCACGUCCCGCGACUCAAGCACGAGCGCCGCUCCUCGACCAAGUUUUACCGCUCCUUCGAGACCUAACUUUGCGGCCCCGGUUCAGAUGGCUACUGGUCAAUAUUCACAUCUUCCUCAAUCCUUACUCCGAAGUAUGCGCGAGUCUUUUGAAGUCCUGGACAACUCUAACACAGGUGCCAUCACUUCCGCAAGCGUAGCGGAUAUGCUACAACAGAUGGGAAUGGACUCUUCGCCCAAGGCUGUGGCUGCCUUUUUUCCUCCAAACACCCCUUCCACCAUCACGCUUGGUCGUUUCUUGGACUUGCUAUCCGCACCACUAACAGAGCUCAGUGAGCCAUCUGAGCUUGCUGCUGCCUUUGCUGCCUUUGACGUUGACGAUAGUGGUCAGAUUGAUAAACAUGAAUUGAGGGACGCUCUACUCAGUACUGCUCCUGAGCCUGGUUCUGAGCAUUUGCGACUGUCCGAACACGAAGUCGAUGCCAUCAUGAGCCAAUUCUCGGCAAGGAGAGCAUUCGGUGCGAAGGGAGUUUUCGGCAAAGAGCUUGGAGGUGGUGACAGGAAGAGGGGUGAAGUCUUCCGUUACAGAGACUUCAUCUCGAACAUUUCGGGCAGUGGAGGUGGCGAAAGCGCCGAACAGAUUGCUGCUUGA